AUGAAGAAGAAUUUGCAUUGGUUGAAAGAGUUUUCUAACAAUGUAAGGACAGGUAGAAGACUUUCACUAGGGGAAUACAAACGAGCAGUGUCAUGGUCUAAGUAUUUAGUUUCUUCUGGAGCAGCUAUUAAGGGAAAUGAAGAAGAUGAUUGGAAUGCUGAUUUAUCUCAGUUGUUUAUUGGUUCCAAAUUUGAUUCUGGGAGACAUAGCAGGAUUUAUAGAGGUUUGUACAAGAACAUAGAUGUGGCUAUUAAGCUUGUGAGUCAACCGGAGGAGGAUGAGGAGUUGGCUGCUUUGCUUGAGAGACAAUUCACUUCUGAGGUUGCUUUGUUGUUUCGGUUGCGCCAUCCGAAUAUCAUUACUUUUGUUGGAGCUUGCAAGAAGCCACCAGUAUUCUGUAUAAUCACUGAAUAUAUGGCUGGAGGCUCAUUGAGAAAAUACCUGCAACAACAAGGGCCACAUUCAGUUCCUCCGAAACAGGUUCUUGAGUUAGCCCUUGAUAUUGCAAGAGGGAUGCAAUAUCUUCAUUCUCAAGGAAUACUUCAUAGGGAUCUCAAAUCAGAAAAUCUGCUGUUGGAUGAAGAUAUGUGUGUAAAAGUGGCAGAUUUUGGGAUCUCAUGCUUAGAAUCUCAAACCGGAAGCGCAAAAGGAUUCACUGGAACUUACCGUUGGAUGGCGCCUGAAAUGAUCAGAGAAAAGCGCCAUACAAAGAAAGUAGAUGUCUAUAGUUUUGCCAUAGUUCUAUGGGAGCUAAUAACAGGACUCACACCAUUUGAUAACAUGACACCAGAACAGGCAGCAUAUGCAGUAACUCACAAGAAUGCAAGGCCUCCAUUACCAUCUGAUUGUCCAUUGGCAUUUAGUCAUCUCAUCAAGAGAUGUUGGUCAAGCAAUCCAAAUAAACGGCCACAUUUUGUCGAGAUAGUCUCAAAUUUGGAGAGAUAUACUGAUGCACUCGAGCAGGAUCCUGAAUUUUUCUCUACCUAUAAACCAGGUCCUAGUAAUGUACUUGUGAAAUGCUUACCAAAUUGUAAUGCUGGCAACAAGUUCAGUUCUUGA